UCAUUUGGCACACACACUUCUCGGGAAUUGGUGAUGCGCAGCUAGCUGGGUUCGCGGUGAAAAUCCUAAAACAUCAUCUUUAGCAAAUAUAAAGUAUUUUAUUUGAUUAGAAAUGUUGCCAGGAAUCUGCAGAAGUACAGUGGGAGUGGUCAGGGGAGUCGCAGGGAUUUCUGGGCGGCCUUAUCUGCAGAAAGCUGCAUCGUUCGGGACCGUCGCAGUGCAACAGGGGGCUGAAGUUGUGAAAGAGGAUGACUUUGCUGGGAGGGCACUCUACAUGGAUGCCCAGUCCACCACUCCCCUGGAUCCACGUGUCCUGGAUGCCAUGAUGCCGUACUCACUGGCUUACUUUGGAAACCCCCACUCCAGGACUCAUUCCUACGGCUGGGAGAGUGAAGAUGCUGUGGAGAACGCUAGAGCACACGUAGCACAGCUGAUUGGAGCAGACCCGCGCGAGAUCAUCUUCACCAGUGGCGCCACGGAGUCCAAUAACAUCUCUGUCAAGGGUGUUGGCCGGUUCUACAAGUCCCGUAAGAAGCACAUCUUAACCACACAGACGGAGCACAAGUGCGUUCUGGAUUCUUGCAGAGCUCUGGAGGCCGAAGGAUUUGAUGUGACCUACUUGCCUGUGCAAUCCAACGGCAUUGUCGACCUUAAAGUUUUUGAAGAGGCUAUUCGCCCGGAUACUCUGCUUGCCAGUGUCAUGAUGGUCAACAACGAGAUUGGAGUUAAGCAACCCAUAGCUGAAAUAGGCAAGCUGUGCCGUACCCACAAGGUGUUCUUCCACACGGAUGCAGCCCAGGCCGUGGGCAAGAUCCCAGUGGACGUCAACAAGAUGAAUGUUGAUUUGAUGUCCAUCAGCGGCCACAAGAUCUACGCCCCAAAAGGUAUUGGGGCACUCUACGUCCGGCGUCGUCCCCGUGUUCGCAUCGAGGCCUUGCAGAGCGGCGGAGGCCAGGAACGGGGCAUGCGCAGUGGGACCCUCCCCACGCCGCUCAUCGUUGGACUCGGCGAAGCCUGCCGUAUUUCUCUGAAAGAGAUGGAGUACGACCAUAAGCGUAUCUCCGCCCUGUCGGAACGCCUCAUCUCCAAGGUGACUGGCCAGGUCUCGGAUGUGAUCCAGAACGGUGACCCUGAGCAGCGCUACCCGGGCUGCGUCAACCUCUCCUUCGCCUACAUCGAGGGGGAGUCACUGCUGAUGGCCCUGAAGAGCGUGGCCCUGUCAUCGGGCAGUGCCUGCACCUCGGCUUCCCUGGAGCCCUCCUACGUGCUGCGGGCCAUCGGAGCCGCUGAAGACCUGGCUCAUUCUUCCAUCAGGUUUGGCAUUGGUCGAUUCACCACAGAAGAGGAAAUUGAUUACACCGCAGAGCAGUGCAUUAGGAACGUCAAAGCCCUCAGGGAAAUGAGCCCUCUGUGGGAGAUGGUACAGGAGGGUAUUGAUAUCAAAGAGAUUCAGUGGUCCCAGCACUAGAAAAGGUCAGAUCGGCAUGGAGGUCGGAACUUGAAGUGAUCUCGCAAGCUUUGCCUGAGGUCACAGUCAGCUGUGUUAUUUAACAAAAAAAAAAAAAAAGGGGUUAAAUGCCACGAUAUAUCACCGAGAUGAACACGUGGCGUGUGCAACACAGAGUAACCAAAAUUGAGUCGUCAGCAAACAUGAGAGUGAGCCCAGUUUGAGCUGAAAAUUGACCAUGGAGAGAAACUGAGUGAAACAGGUGCAACUGUUCCUCAUUGUGUUUACAAAGAAGUCUGAGGAGAGACUGUUACCAUGGUGGCACUGCACUCACAAUGCAUGCUGCAUGCAUGCAUAAACUUGACUCUCAUGUGCAUUUUUGGCGACGGACAAUACUGUAUUGGCUGUGACACACGUGGAGUAAUGUCCUUCUCUUCUUCUAUUCAAUUUCUGGACAAAUCUACAGACAACCAUAUGAUUUACUGCACUAUUACCCGUAUCACCACUGGGCAACAAGGCUUUCUUCUCAAUCCUUUGUGCAAGGAGGUUUUUAAUCAUCAGAAAUCAAUCCUUCCCUAAACAAUAUCCUUUAUGAGGUGGUUGGUGAUUGCUUUAAAGGUUUGACUCUUGUAAAAUGAUGUCUGUUAUCCAGUUUACUCACAGCCAGUCAUUAGCAUUUGCACGGAUGAAUGGAUCAAUAUUUGUAUGGUGUAAAAUUCACACCAUUAUGUCUUUUUUGUUAAUUGUACUGACUCUGCGUCUCAAAUACAUAUGCCCUUCUGUUAAGUGAUUGACACUACAACUUUGUAUGGUGUGUGGGAAAAAUAAGGUGUGAAUAAAGCACUGUAAAUAAUAUGUAAAAACUAUAAAUAUUUUCUGGUAAUUUAGUUUUUUCUUAUUUCAAGUCCAAUGACCCUUUUGUUUUUAAUCUUUAUUAAAGUGUCAGGUGUACCUUAUGUAUGUCGAGUUACAAAGUCGUUUAUGAGGUUGUAAUCAGUACCCCUUGGUAAGGACCGACGCUGUGUGUAAUUUGUGUUGCAUGGAAUAUCGUUUACUAGCCUCCAGCACUUUCAAAUAUCGUCAAACACAGGAUAUCAGAUAAAGAAAUCCGAAAUAUGGAAUGCAUACAGCGUGUUUGUAAGUUGUGGCAUGUGAGUCUAGGCAAACACCAUUCUGCAUGGAGUGCAUGCGCUUGACAUUAAAGGGUCCGUGAAAAGUGUUUUUUAGUUGUUAUAAUUGGAUUUUUUUUUGCUUUUUUAAACGAAAUACAGGUUGUAAAAGUUGUUGUUUUGAUUAAUAAAUGGGAGACAUAAAAUUGCAGGUUUUUGGUGAAACGGUCCUGCCCCACCCGCCCGAGAGGUAACUCAUUGACGUAGAACAUUUGCAUAUCCGUGAGGUACAUUUGAGAAGACAUUGUCGCCCGUUGGCAGCGUGUUAAUGCAUGUCUUGAGUCCCGUUCGGAAAAUUCAGUCCUAUUUUGGAUGAUUUAGAGAUCAUGCCGAUCAGAUUUAUUGCAGGCAGCGGCAACAUUCUUAAAGAUUGGAUAAGCCCGCCAAACUUUCCAACCAAAGCGAAAUUUAAACGAAUUUGGACAUCAAAAGCCAGAGAUAGAAAGCUUAAGCUGUGCAGAGCGUAUUUUUGAGUCGCAGUGUUUUCUUUUGAGCACUUACAACUCGUUUUGCUGAAGUCAGACACAGCGCCCACAAUCUGUGGGAAAUUUAAAAAAAAACCACGAGUGAGCAAAGAGGAAGUGGAGCUUUUAUGAAACGCAAACGACAAAGGGUACGUUUCCAAAUCAGUCCACACAAUUCCGCUCGAUAACGCUGUUCAAUUUCUCACACUUUGGCAGUGUACCGCAUAUGAACAUGCUUUUACCGUGGGUGCGCGUGGGCAUCGUAUACACGGACGAAUAUUGUAUGUGUUUUACGUUUGAACACUGCAGGCACGUAAGUUUUGCCGUUGUCCAAUGUCCAUGUUCCUCUGAGGUCUAGACGAGCCGAAAGGGUUCCUGACUAUCAUUUGGGUUCUCAAAUGUACGUCACCCAUAACGCCAUCAUUUUUUCAGGAUUAAACCUUCAUUUCAGGGGCAAUUAACCACAACAAAGGGAAUUAUAUUUCAUUUUUGCAUCUACUAUCGGGUUGUUGACGUAGUGAGUGAAUCUUUUGAACAAGUCAAUCAACAGUUCGUCUACGGAGGUCUUCACGGGCCCUUUAAUACGCACAGUGCUAUUUGAUUGUCCCUGUUCGCUGACCAAGCCCUGGCCACUGACUUGAGGAAAUACAGAACUGGGAUCGAA